ACACGGGAAUUUGUCUGUAGAGCAUAAAUCCAUGAGGGAGACUGGGGACUGUCUCACCCUCUUCCCUUCGACAAAUCUGCUUUAAUGGCUACAACUGAAAUGGCCGAAAAUGUCGAAUUUCCUUGGCAUAUUGGUGUUUAUGAUGCCCAUUGCCAUCCAACCGAUACCAUGGAUUCAAUCCAAUAUAUGCCUUCGAUGAAGUCAAGAGUUCUUACUGUCAUGGCGACCAGAGCACAAGACCAAGAGCUCGUUGCCCAAGUGGCUGAUAUUUAUGGCCUGAGAAAACUGCAGCCCAACAAUCAUCCAAAUACGGAAUGCAUGAUCCCCUGUUUCGGGUGGCAUCCUUGGUUCUCAUACCAAAUUUUCGAUGACACCGAAGACUCGCUUGAUUCGUCUCUGCUUAAUACAGAAAAUUUUAAGAUUGAUCACUAUGGAAAGGUACUGACGCCAAAACCAGACGACAAACAAUUUCUGAUAUCAUUACCACCUCCUCGACCACUUACACAAUUUCUUCGUCAAACAAAGGAGUAUCUUUUGAAGUAUCCGUUAGCAUUGGUAGGGGAGGUUGGCCUAGAUAAGCAAUUUCGCUUGCCCAGAGAGUGGUCUGAGGAUGCCGAAGAGUCUCGAGAUGCAGGUCUUACCUCUGGUGGAAGAGAAGGUCGACGUCUUACGCCAUACCGAGUCCAGAUGGGCCAUCAGAAGGUGAUUCUUAAGGCGCAGUUGAAACUUGCAGGUGAAAUGCAGCGAUCUGUAUCUGUCCAUGGUGUGCAAGCUCAUGGUGUCCUAUUUGACACGUUGCAGGAAACUUGGAAGGGCCAUGAGCGAAAGGUUUUUAGCAAACGAGAGAUUAAAAAGACUGCUGGGGUACCACCACCCUUAGAUGAUACGGAUGAUGAACAGGAUACAAAAGAUGAGAUAUUGAAACCAUUUCCUCCGCGUGUUUGCCUUCAUUCAUAUUCUGGACCUCCAGAUACCCUUAAACAAUACUAUCACCCUUCAAUCCCCGCUGAAAUAUACUUUUCGUUCUCAACAGCCAUCAAUAUGUCCUCACCAGCUAGUGCUAAAGCAAUUGAAGUCAUUAAAGCUGUGCCCGAUGACCGUGUCCUCGUCGAGAGUGACCUCCACAUUGCCGGUGAAAAAAUGGAUAAUAUGCUGGAGGACAUGUGUCGGAAGAUCUGCGAGAUUAAAGGCUGGGACCUUGAAGAUGGUGUGACUAGAUUGGCAGAAAAUUGGAAGCGUUUCGUACUUGCUUGAUAUUUGCCAAAUUAUUAGCAUGUUUUGCACAAUCACAAUGUUAUGCGGUGAAUAAGAGGUUUCUCGAUUGAUGCUAAAGGACAGUUUCAGUAUGUUGAACAGCAUACAUUCAUUGUGAUGUCCGAGGCAGAUAUUCUUGUAUACGUCAGUAUUCAGAAUAUUAUCUAAUCCUUUGUAACUUGUGUGUGCACUUUCCGAUACUGAAGAAUUGAUUCAUUCGUUCCAGGCAACAUCCC